AUGGGUAAUUGUUUAAGGCAUGAAUCGUCGUCUAUGCAAUGGGCGGGGGAGGACUGGGGUUCAUUGGCGAGUGAAAGGAGUGAGAAGGGAUUGAAAAUGGAGGAGGAGGAGGAGGGGCUACUGGGAGGAGGUGGUGGCGAUGGGGGUAAUUAUAAGCUUGGAUUUACGUCGUCUUCAACAACGGGAACGACGGAGGUGAAGAUCAAGAUCACGAAGAAGCAGCUGGAGGAGUUGCUGGGUAAGGUGGACGUAAAGGAGUUGUCAGUGCAGCAAGUUUUGGUCCAGUUGAUGAACGUCAGUGAUCGUUACGAGUCGCAUCACCGGUCAUGGCGGCCGGCUCUUCAGAGCAUUCCUGAAGUGAAUUGA